UAUCCUGUUUUAGCCUGUGACAGUAAGCUAUCUGUAACUUGCUAUAGGAAAGGCUCAUUCCAGUAUGUUAUAUAAUUCAAUGCGUGGUUAUGGUGCGCAGUUUCUUGUAGCUCGUAUCUCAGCUAUGAUCGAGCUUCAAUCUCUGUGAUACUCGAUUCCUAAACGAUAUAAUAAAUCGUUAGAUUCCAUAUAAAAUUUGGCGUUUCCUUAUUUUUAUAUCUGCUCCAUUUAUUUAAAAAUGAGUUUGAUAAAAAUUAUAUUAAGUAGUCACAUCAAAAGAGAUAUUCGGAAAUGUGAUAUUUGAAGAAAAUGAUAUCAACUGAUCAUUUCGUACAUCGGUCAAGUGUAGUCAUCAUGCGUAACGUCAACGUCGUCAACUCGAUGACGGGGUGAUGAGACUGACAAGUGCAUUAGUGCGACAGAAAGAUGCCGUCGUUGAAAAUUUUUCGCAUUGAAUUUGAUCGCGCGGAUGCUGUUUACAUACCCGGCGAAUGUGUCAGCGGCUUCGUUAUUAUCGAUCUGGCAAAGGAAAAACUUGCCGAAGAACUAAAAUUAUCGGCUAAGGGAGAGGCUAACGUCAGUUGGGAUGAGGAAUCGAGUUCGACAGAUUGUAAUGGAAAUUCUACAACUACCACUUGGACUUAUAGGGCAAAUGAAAAAUAUUUUGAAUUGACCAUUUCACUGUUAGAAAAAUCGGAAGACGAUGGAAAAGUGCAUAUUCCUGCAGGAUUGAGUAGAUAUCCUUUUUGUAUCCAAUUACCCUGCGAUUUACCAUGCAGCUUUGAACACCAUGUUGGUCAUGUCAGAUACACGAUAAAGGCGGUCAUUGUUAGAUCAUGGCGAUUCAAUCACGAAUGUAAAGCUGCAUACACCGUAAUUACAAUUUACGACCUAAACAUUCGUCGUGAACAAUGUAUCGGCAUAGAUGAUGAAGUAAACCAAUCUUUCUCUUGCCUCUGCUGCGUCAGCGAUGGUUCGAUAAAUGUGCAUAUUAAAUUACCGAUGACAGGAUUCGUACCGGGACAAUGGAUUGAGGCAAUCCUCGAUUUAAGACAUAACGCCACUAUUACCGAAUUACAGAAAAUCUGCGUUAAAUUACAGCAAUCCGUUGAGUUCCGCGCGGAUGCGCCCUUUGGUAAGAAAAAGAAGGAUAAAGCAACUGUGGCAACUGUGCAAAAAACAACACCAUUCGAUAAACACGCUAUCGCAUUACGUUUAUUUAUUCCACCGAUACCACCUUCGGACCUGCAAUUUUGCGAUAUAAUUGAUCUAAAAUAUAUCCUCCGUAUCGUCCUUCAUAGUAAAAAAAUGUAUCGUAAGAUCGUCAAAGAGUAUCCGAUUUUAAUUGGAACAAUACCGCUGCGGUUUAUACCAUCGGCGCCUGCAGCUUCAUCUUCUUCAGAUGUAUUUCCAUCUACAUCGAAGAGAGAAGACGUGACUCCAGAAUCUAAUAUUGUACCUUCUCCAAGUACACCAUCGCUGAACGAUUUUGUUGAUACUCCUCCAUCAUAUGAAGAAUCCUUGUCGCACAGAGUGUCUUGCAUCAGAGAUCCGAAGGACUCUAUAUACGUGCAUGGUGUUAACGAACCCUUUGCACCUAAAUAUCCAGUCUUCAAAUAUUUCGAGUAAGAUGACUAAGAUCCUCCUGAGAAUGGAAGGUCGUCUAAGCUGAAAACAUCGAAUAAAAAAUGAUUACUAUCGUUUUUAAUUAUUUCUAAUUUAAACCGUUGAUUUGUAAUCGA